AUGUCCAAUCGAUUCUCCGGUAAAGUUGCUCUUGUUACAGGGUCCUCCAACGGAAUCGGUAGAGGAACUGCUAUCCUUUUCGCUCAGGAAGGUGCCAAAGUGACCAUAACCGGAAGAAACACCCAAAGACUCGAGGAGACGAAACAGGAGAUUUUGAAGGCUGGAAUUCCAGAAGACCAUGUUUUGGCGAUCGCCACAGACUUGGCUACAGAGGAGGGACAAGAUGAACUUAUCAAUAAAACAAUUAAGAAAUUCGGAAGACUGGAUAUUCUGGUUAACAAUGCUGGAGCCGCUUUUAAUGACGAAAAAGGAGUAAUUGGCGUAGAUCAAAAUGUCUCAGUUUAUGAUAAAAUAAUGCAAAUCAAUCUAAGGAGUGUUGUCACUUUAACUCAGAAAUCCAAGAAAUAUUUGGUAGAAGCCAAGGGAGAGAUUGUGAAUGUCUCUAGUAUUGCUGCAGGACCACAAGCGCAACCCACCUUCCUAUACUACGCCAUGUCGAAAGCAGCACUAGACCAAUACACCAGAAGUGCAGCUAUCGAUCUUAUUCAACACGGAGUCAGAGUCAAUUCCGUGAGCCCUGGAGCAGUGGUCACUGGAUUCGGAGAAGCUAUGGGAAUGCCAUCAGGCAUGCAUGAGAAGUACGAACACUUCAUGGAGACUCACAAAGAAUGCAUUCCAUACGGAGCCAUUGGAAAACCAAUCGAUAUUGCUCAUAUUAUUGCAUUCCUUGCUGAUCGUAAAUUGUCUUCUUAUAUCAUCGGCCAGACGAUUGUAGCUGAUGGUGGAUCUUCGCUGGUUAUGGGAAUGCAGGCUCAUGAUAUGAUGGACAUUUUGAAAUCCUAA